AUGCCAGCUAAGCUUCAAAAUCUUGUGCCAGAAGAGCAGGAGUCUCUAGAGCACCUGGCAUGGUACAUCGCACGAAGUGUGAACAAGAAGUAUGCGUUUUCUGACCUAUGCAAAGUGGCACGUCGUCGGCACUGGGCUGGUCCGGCGAGCCGGAGGCAGCUGCUCCGGCUCGCCGGACCAGUGGCGCGACUAGGCAAGCUAGACGAGUUCGACGAGAAGGAUCAGAAUUUUGAAUCCUAUCUGGAGCGUUUUGAGCACUUCGUCACCGCAAAUGACAUCAGAGAGGAAAAGAAGCUGGCAGUAUUCUUGAGUGUGAUAGGACCACGAACGUAUGAGGUGCUCAAAAGUUUGGUAGUACCCGCUGUUCCUGGGGACAAGUCUUUUGAAGAGGUCACAGUGCUGUUGAAGAAACACUAUAGCCCACAGUGCUCGGUCAUUGCCGAACGUUGCAAAUUUAACAAGCGAGCACAAGAAGAGCAGGAAAGCGUCGAGGACUUCAUAGUGGCCUUAAAACAGUUAGCAAGGAAGUGCGAUUUCGGUCAGUUUCUGCAAGACGCGCUGCGAGACAGAAUAGUGGCAGGCAUAAGACGCGAGGAAACGCAACUCGCCCUAUUUGCUGAAGAAGAUUUAACCUUCGAAAAGGCGUGCAAGAUAGCCCAGGACCGAGAGCAGGCUGCGCGACAGACAGCGUUACUUCAUGCAGAAGGCAAGGAAGCGGCUUUUUAUGCAAUGGCGAUAAGAGGAAAAGGAAGCGAAAAGAAAUCGAAGCUUCGGAAGCUCAAGGAAGCCAAGCGAGUUUGCGAAAGAUGUGGCAAGGCGCAUGCGGCUAGUGUUUGCUGGUAUAAGAACGUCCAGUGUCACAGCUGUUCUCAAAUCGGUCAUCUACAGAAGAUGUGUCCAAGUAAUCGCAGAGAACUCAAGACUGCAAACGUGGUGGACUGCUCUGAUAGUGACUCUGAAUUAGAUGUGUACCAUGUUAUCAAUACCGUGCGUUCUGGAUAUGAAGUGCAG